UUUAUGAAUUUCAUAUCUAUCCAAACCUUCUGAUGGGUGGGUUCAGGGUGGCCUAAUCCCUGAACGGAUUAUUCGCCCCUGCUUAUCCAUCCAUCUUUCAUGCACGUAUAAAUGGCCUAGGAAAUGUUCGCUUUCAAUCCAUUCUCACGAACUGUAGCACCAUGGACAAUUCCAUCAGCCCGUCUCUGGCUAACCACCGCCUCACCGAGUCAGCGGCUCAACAGGGUAUACCUGCGGAAGACCUUCACCACGACAUCCACCAUGAGGGACCUUGUCAAUCGUCUCAUUCGAGACAACCAAGACCUUUGGAACCAAUUGCUCCACAACAAUUUCGUCGAGGCCAUGCGUAUUGCAAGCGCGGAUGACAAACCAGUCCUCAAUGGUUUUAAAUGGUACAUGAUUCAAGACUUCUUCUACUGUGUGCAACUCAUAGCAUAUAAUGCCGAUCGUGCGGCAAAAGCUCCCAACCCGACGGAGUACGCGAAAUUGACCGAAACUCUCAACAACACGCUGACGCAGUGGGCUCCGAACGCCCUCAAAACUUGCACUGAUGCGGAUCAACUGAAUAUCCCGGAUACGGCCGUUUUCGCCGCCAGGCGCGAAGAAGCUACUGAAAAGUACACAAAGUUUAUCAGCGACACUGCUGAGGACGAGAACUGGGUCGUCUCGUUGUUGGCUCAAGUCCCAGGCAUUCAGGUUCGUAUGCCAAAAAUCUUGUGUGGGUUACAUUUGCGCCAAUUGCUGACUCAAUCUAGUCGUACUUUAGGAUCGCCUACGAUCUUAAAGAGAAUGCUAUCGACAAAGACACUGCAUGGUACAAAAUCUGGGUUGUCGAUAACGCCAAGCACCGCAAGUCCACGGUCGAACAAAUCAAUUUCUUCAAGGACAACUAUGAAAGCUGGAAGGACACCCCUUAUGAGAAGUUGACCAGGAUCUUUAGGCAGGCAUGUCAAUGCGAGAUCGAUUUGUGGGCUGUAGCACUGAAUCCCGGUCCGGUGGAAUGAAGAACUCAA